GUUGCGAGAGAUAUUGACCUGAGCUGUGAUGCGCGGCGGGCGAGCAUGAUGCGGCUGUUCAGGAGCCGCCGCCAUUCGGAGCCGCCCCCGCCGCCCCCGGCGCCGGCGCGGCCCGCCCCCGCCUACCAGACCGUCAAGGCGCUGCCCGCCGUCGUUCUCGAGGACACGAGCCCGCGCGAGGUCAAGAAGAUUUUCUCGACAUGGGGCCGACGGAUGGGCAAGAAGCUGGAUCUCCUGCGGCGGUCCGACUCCAAGGAGUCCAUAACGUCCACGACAUCAUCACCUCCGCUGCAGGCGGUCCCGCAAGCGCCCAGCACCAACGAGCCGGUGCGCAGGAAGAUGCUGUGGCGCAUGGGCCGCAGCCAGUCCGAGAACGGUUCCAACCUCCGGAGCGUGGAGUCGGACACCAACCUCCCGGGUCUGGCUGACACGCUCUCCAGGAAAGAACCGUCGUCGCUCAAGAACUUCUUCACCAGAAUGGGUUCGACAGGCAUGCUGAACUCGUCCCGGUCACAGGGAGGUUCGAAGAGUCAUUUAGGGACCCCCGUGCGCGGGUCGACCCUUCCCGCUGGAACUGAACCGCUGUUUAAAAGCGUGUCGACUUCCCAACUGUCUACGUCGUAUGUCAGAGGAGACGAUCCGGCGGAAGGUCUUGACCUGUCUCGCAAGUACGGAGCUAGCUCACUGAGUGUGCCGGGUAGCUCUGACCCGGGAUACGUCCCCACUAAAACGGUGAGCUGCGACAACAUAGCCGCACUUGGGGAAAACUCGCAAAACUCGCCUUCGCCCACAGGCCCGAAUGGCGCCCGAAAAGCCCAGUUUCCGUACGCGUUCCUCCGGUCCAAACUUUCGGUACUUCCAGAGGAGAAUGGUUCGAAUUCCGCAGGCCAGCUCAGUAGGAAGAGAAUCAAGUCAAACAGGGAAAGUUUUUCUGAAGUGCGUAAACAUGCGCCAGAAUUCUCCUCUGAUAAUAGUAGGCUUCUGCGAGCGAACUCGGAGGAGUACGUCUCGAUGACCGUACAUGCCAAGGACCAUAGACAGUCUUUACAAGAGGGAGUAAAGAUAAUAGACAUCAGACGGCGGGGUUAUGUGGAAAACAUGGAUGAUGCUGAAAGGGGUUCUUUAGUCCCCGAGGAGAUAUCCACACAAAAGCUGCAGCUGCCAUCUAGCUACGUGAGCUCAAAUGAAUCUGGCUACGAUAGUGAUGGCCCUAGGCAUGGCGAUAGUUGCGUUGACAGGUUAACUGUGCCAGGGGACCAAGAUGGCGACAGUGGUAUCAUUGCGAAUGAGAGCUCAGAUUCUGGAUCUUUACAUGAGUCAGAAUCAUGGCACUGUGAUGUUAAAAGUCCAGUAGAUAUGGCUCGAAGGUCGUCAGCAUCAAACGAAAAACCUGAGUCGCCAUUGGAUUUGAAUAGACUAAACACGAGUACAAACAAUUUGGGAAGAUGUGGAAUUAAUACGACUUUAUCUUCAUGUAUGAAAACUAACCAAAUUCAUCAAACUAGUCCUAGUCAUAACAAAGAAAAUGGGGUUUCGUCGAGAAGAUGUAGUACCAUAGGUAAUUCUUCUAUUGCUUAUAACAACCAACUUGGUAACUGGAGAUGCAGUUCCCCUUCUCCUACUAUUUAUCUCAACCAAAACACGUCAACAGACACCAGUAGGACACGAUCGAAUUCUGCCAUUCUUUGCUCACAGAACAGCCUCAGUAGGUUUGGGGAUGAGAGCAGGAAAACAAGAUCAAACUCAGCUACUCCUACAAUCCACUUUAGUCGAAUGAAUUCUACAGAGGACAUAAAACGAAAGUUUUCUAAUUCUUCCAAUUGUUCACACAUGACAUCUCUUAAUGAAUGUGAUACUAGCAGUUACAAUUCAGAUUCCGAAAUGCAGAGAAAAACUUGUUCCAAAAUGAAUUAUGAAACACCAUCAAGAUGUAGAUCUAAUUCCACAAUCGCAUCUAGCACUCUGGAAAAAAGUAAAAACGUCCGAAAAAAUCGAUCAAAUUCAGCUACACCAAUGAUCAGCACAAAUAAAUGCUUGAGUGAUAUCAAAAGUACACAAAACAGUCCCAUCAUGAGUUAUUUCUCUCCUAUAGCCAGCCGAAAACAUAAUUUCAUACUUAAUCAGAAUUCACAGACCACAUCACCUGUUAACUCUAUGGAUGGCAACAUAUCCAAACUGGAAUCUGAUACCAGAACCUGGCGAUCCAAUUCUGCUGCCCCUACGACAGACAUGCACUCAAUCCUAGAGGACGUUGAGUUCAGUAAAAGAAGGUCGAAUUCAGCCGCGCCUGGCAUCCAAACCUCUCACAACAAGCCACCCGAUGCUUGCAGGAGAUGGCGGUCAAACUCUUCACAUCUCACUGUUACUGCCAGACAGGACAGCUUCGAUGGGGGGAACGUCAGGCUCAGGAGCGGCUCCGAGGACAUCAAUCAAGCCAGGAGGCACCAGUUUCUCAACUCUCAGCUGCUGGAAGUAUUUCCCGCCACGCCAGUUACAGUCACGCCUUCCCCCGUCGACAACGACAUUCCGGGAGAUGCUCCCGGCAGCCGGUUGUCGCCGAGCGUGACCCGGUCUCCCACGCCCACGGAGGGUCUGUCACCCACCCACGGCUUCUCCCGAAGGACGUCCACUUCCUCGGACGACGACGCGGUCGCGGAAGGCGCGGACUACGAGCAGAGGGCGACCCGGCACCUGGGGAGAGAGCUGUCGCCUUCGAGGCGCAGUCCCCACAACCGCAGCGUGUACCGGAGGAAGUUCCUGCUGAUCAAGCUGACGAGGGCCGAGGGAGGGGAGCCUCUGGGGGUCCACCUAUCACAGCACAGGCACCACAACCCCCAGCACCAGCAGCAGACCAACAGUCCCAAAGGCAUGGCCCCGGGGAUACGUUACGUCGUGUCCAAGCUGGAGGAAGGCCAUGUUGCCGAGAGGGACGGGCGCCUCAAGGUCGGCGACGAGAUCGUGAACGUGAACGGCCGCCUGCUGCGCGGCAUCGCGACGCUCGCCGACGCCCAGGCGGUGCUGGACCGCUGCAUGCAGGCGGCGGCGUCGCGCGAGGUGGACAUCGUGGUGGCGCGCGACGACGGCGGGGGCGGCACCUCGGAGCCCCCGCCGCCGUCGCCGCCGCCGCGCGCGCCCCGCCUCACCCCGGUGGCCAAGUACCCGAGCUUCGACGGCGCGCGCAGCCGCAGCGCCCCGCCGGCCGGCCGCGAGAAGCGCUACUCCUUGCCGACGGAGCCCAGGAUGAUCCUGGACAUGUCCUCCUCGGACCCCGCCGUGGUGCUGACCCUGCAGGACUUCCCCCUGGUCGCGCGCCGGAGCUCGCCCGACCACGGCAGCUCCGCGUCGCUGCUGGUGGACGGCGGCGGCGGCGGCGGGUCCGGGGAGUCGUCGCCCGGCGGCGGCGUGUCGCGCGAGGGCUCGCAGAAGGGCCGCAAGGACGCCGCCCCCCAGGCGCCGGCGCCGGCUGGCGUGGUCAUGACGGUGGGGCGGUCGCAGCACUCGGGCUCCAUCACCAUGCUGCCGGUCGCCUUCCACGCGGCGGUGUUCCAGAAGGGCGCCGGCCGCAAGUCGCUGGGCUUCAGCAUCGUGGGCGGGCGCGACUCGCCGCGCGGCCGCAUGGGCAUCUUCGUGAAGACCAUCUUCCCGGCGGGGCAGGCCGCCGAGACGGGGUCGCUGCUCGAGGGCGACGAGAUAGUGGCCGUGAACGGGGAGUCCAUGCAGGGGAUGUCGCACGCGGAGGCCAUCAACGUCUUCAAGAAGAUCCGCUCCGGGGAGGUGGCGCUCCACGUGGCGAGGAGGAAGAACCCUCACAGGUCAGGGAAGUUAAAGUCGUGUGAAAACCUCUAAGGAGUUACCUGGAAAGGGACUCAUGUGUACCAGAUGAGGCAUUGUUUGCCACUCAGCUGCUAUGAAGGCAUAGGGGCAGGGAAGAUAACGUUGUGGAGAGCUGCUAUCAGCUCAGUGUGGUAUUGCCAGCCAAUCUAGUCGUGUUUUCUGUUAACGUGUAAUGUUGUAUGCAAUUUUUUAUUUCUUGCUUUAUAUAAUGUUUUCAUGUACACAAUUUUUUUUAAUAUUCACUUAAUUCAUGAUUGUGUUACUGUAGCUUAAGUGUUUUUGCAGUAAUGCGUCAGUAUGUAAUUGGGCUUUUAGAUUGUUAGAUAUUUAUUUAGUAAUAUUGAUCGUUGACAUACAUUUAUGUAAUCACCUUCUCAUUGGUAAUAAUGUUUGCUACGCUAUGUUUAUGAUCGUGUAUAUAUAUAGUUUUAAUUUUCCUUGUGUGCUUUAGAAUGUAACAGUCAAGAGUAAAAUGCAAAGAGAUAUCAAUUUUUACAAACAGUUGAAUGUAGCAUUAAGUACUAUUAGUAAGAGAAGUAUACGCAAAAAUACUCGUCUAUAAGAAGUCUUAGCAUCUGUUUCUUGAAGUGGUCGUGUAAUUAACGAUGCGCGUGAGUGGGCAUGACUUUAACUAAAAGGUAUUGUCUUACUUGCAGGCCUGGGUGAUUAAAAAAAUGAACAGUUGUACUUAUGACAGUUGCCUUACUACAUUAAAUUGGCUUCAUUUUACAAAAAUGUUUUGUUAAAAUUAGUGAUGUGUCAGAUCCCAAUUUUCUCGAACCCGAAUUUCGAAUUCGAAUGCCAAAGCAUAUCUCAAAUAUAUCCCUAAACUCCGAAUUUAUGUCUCAAGGGUCAAAAAUAAAAUAAUUUACAAGAAAAUAAAAUAUUAAUGGUGUUGAAACAGUCACCCCUUUAAAUGUUUGUUUUAGAAACAAAGUUUCCAGAAUCAUUACAUGUAAUAAUUUUAUUUAUAUGAUUACAUGGUAAAAGUAUACUAUCUUGAGAAAAUAUAACAGGAUAGGUAUGAAGAAAAUAAUUGUCAUAGUAAACUUCAGAGGUUAUAAGUGUCGUAUUUUUAAAUUUACUUUAUUUUCUCUAUAAUUUUUUUUUUCAAAUCUUUUACCUGAAAUAUUGAAUCCUUUGAAUACCAAGGAUUUGAUAGUAUUUUAAGAUUUGAUUGGCCGAAGCCUAAGUUAGAAUAUUUAGGUUUUCUAUGCCUAUAUCUAUGCGGGGUGUUUAAUUUUAGCAAUAUAAAUUUCGAUAUAAAGGAUAAAAAAUUAAAGAGAAGAGAAACCAUAGAUUUUAUAUAAUUGUUCACAUAACACUCCCAUGGUUAAUGUUAAUUUACUUGUAAGCAAUGCAUAACUUCUAAAUACAUUAAAUCACAAAUAAUGUUAUAUUUUUCAGAAAUAAUAUUGUUGUCGUGAUCAUAAAAGACAAAUAAUUAUUUUCAUUGAGUAAUCAUGAUAUUGGUUCCGGUAGUUCCUUUCUGCUUUUUGUGAAUAGCAAAAUAAUAUGUAUGAUUAUAUAGAAAAAAUUAUUCCCGACUAUAAUUUUUUUUAAUAUAUGAACAAAACCAACCAUUAUUUUACUUCCUUCUUUGUUUUAUAAACUUUAAAUACAUGUUGUCUGAAAUGUAAUUAAACAUAUUAAAAUUAUUUUGUUUGUUAUUAAUAGUUAUGCAAGCAUAUGUUACAAUAAAGACUUGUACAAAUGGCUGUACCUAUAUUGUUUGUGAAAGUAAGUAGGCAGACAUUGAAGCAUUUUUAUAGUAUACAAAGCAUGGAUUUGUGUAAGGAAAGACAGGAGGAUCAAGUAUGUUAAGCGAGUGAAAAAUAACUUGUGGUACCUACUGUGAGUAUGUAAAUAUCAAUUAACAUACUUAAAUUAUGUUCAAAGUACUACAUAUACCAUUAUUUACACCUCCUUUAAUAGUACAAAUAAAACCUCAAUAUUUUAGCUUAAAUGAACACUAUAAUUACAGAUAGGUAUAUAAAUGUCGCAUUAUAAUAGCUUAAGUUUGAGUAAACAGUUUUGCCUACACAAAAAGAACAAAGUGUGUUCUUUUAAUUAUGUAAAAAUAAACCUCUUCAAAUUAAGGUGUUUAGAGACAACAAAAAAAUCUUAAAAGCAUUUUCUAUAAGUAUCAUCAAAUUUAAACACAUUACAGUUUUAUUCAUAAUUUUACAUUUAAAUUUUCUUGAAAUUUAAAAAAGUUAUAUUUUGCUAGAUUAAAAAUUAUCAUGAAAAUUCCUGGCCAUAUUUCCAUCAAACAUCUUUUAUGAGUGACAACAAAAAUUUCUUAAAAGAAAGUAAGAUAUAAAUAUUUUCUGAAAUUUAUUACAAUUUUCAAGUACUUACAACUAUAACUAAUCCUUCAAAAUCGCAGCUCUUAUGUUCAAUUUUCACCUACAACAAGUUGCUAUUAAACAAUGUCAUCACAUUCAAACUAUAAUGGAAAUAAAAUAAACUUUUAAGUCAUAAAUUAUAGAAAGAAGAAGCAGGUAGUAUAUUUAAGGAUAAUUAUGUAUUACUUUUGUACAGUCAUACCAAAUGUAUUUACAAGUUUUACAUCACUACAUUAUAGCUUAUGUUCUAAAAAUCAGAAUCACACAUGAAAACAAAAUAAAGGUUGAGUAAAAAGAUGUAAUUAAUUGCAUAUGAUAUCAGUGUACAACAUGAAAGUAUUUUUCUGCCUGUUAUAAGUAAUUGCUUGUAAAUCUCUGCCAAUUUUGUAAAUAUAAUGUGUUUCUAAGGGUUAUUUUUAUUUUUGGAAGACUAAAUAUAGAUUAAUAAUUAUUGGUAUGUCAUAUGGAUAAAAUAAAAUAGAGCUUGUACAAAGUUAACAACCACUGAAAGAUUUUAACGUCGUACUAUUCAGUUUCUGUCAUGUCAGUGUUGACUUUGGUUGAAACUGCAUAAUGAUGUUGGAGUUCUCAUAGCAACAUCAACACCAUGACAUAGCCAUUAUUUGGAACUCCAAGAGGCCAUCAUGCAUAAAAAAAUUAGAUCAUAACAUGACAGAAUUAAAAAUUUAUGGAACAAUACAACGAAUUCCAGAAUAAUAUUAUUGUAUUAAAAUGUUAUGAAACUGAAAAAAAAUGGUGGGACGUAUCAUCACCACUUAUCACAAUAAUCAGAUGCCAUGUUAUAAUUGUAGGAAAAUUUAUACCUGUGAAUGUAAAUAGUAGUGUGCAAAUAAGCAAAAAUAAACUUUGUGUAAUUCUCAGACGAACAUACCUUCAUCAGCUAUCGAUUGAGGAUGAAAGUAAUGUAUUUUAAACAAAAAAACUCAUAUUUUUUUGUUUAAAAAAAACCUCAUAUUUUUUACUUGCAAUUAUUAUUAAACAUGUUCAAAUGUUCGUUUUAUAAUUUUCCAACUUUUUAUUUUAAAGCAUGUAUAUUGUGUUUAUUGUACAUGAUUUAUAAUUUAAUAAAUAUAGUUCAUUUUCCAGAAAAAUGUGUAGAUCACAUGAAUUAUAAGUUUACAUAAAUUGGGAUUUUAUAUAUUUUAAAGUUCAUCAGUAAUAUUUUUUAGUAAAAAAUGUAUGAUAAAAAACUUAUGUCCUAAUCAAACAAAUAUAUUCAAGUACUUAAAUUUUUAUUUUACAUACAAAAGAAACAUAGGUACAACUAUGGUACACAUGUAAUGCAAUAUUUUCAAAAAGGUUCUCCCAAGUUUUAAAUACUGGAUAUUGGCAAAACAGUACAUUAAAUUACAAACAUUGUGUUCACUUACUCUAUUGAGGGUUUGUGAAUGAAUGCUAUUAUAUUUCACAUCUCUGCUUGCUUUAGAAACUAUGUAUUGUAGUAAGCUUUCUAAUGUUCAAAGAUAACUAAGACUUACUCUAAAUGCAAAAAAAAAAUGCUAUUUGUGAUAUAAUAGCUCAUUUUUAUCUAAUUUGGGAUAUAAAUAUAAAUGCUACAGUUUUUUAACACAGAGGAAAACUUGUUUUCCAGCUAGAAACAUUAGUGUAGGGGGAGAAAACACUCUUGCAUUCACAAUACUAUUUGUUGUACUCUUAAUAUAAUUGAACACAAAGGUGAUGCCAAUAUGAUGGUGUUAGUUAUUUAAAAAAUAGAUCUUACAAUUGUUAGUUAUUACUGUAGGUACACUAUGUACAGUUUUCGAAAUUGAGAUCUUCCCUAUUUUUUUUAAUGCUCAAUACUAGGCAGUUAUUACAUCAUUCAAAGAAUCUCCGUAUAAUUUUUUAAUACAUUUCAUUCAGCAAUGUUGUUUCAAAAUAUAAUGAAAAAUAGUCUCUCCUGUUUGAUUCUAUACCAAUGCAAAUAAAAUUAAGUUUAUGCGUUUAUGUAAUAUAUAUGUGUAAUACAUGUGUGUAGACCAGUAUUGCUGUUAAGUGUAAUUUAUUAUGUAAUAUUGUUUUGUAUUUGCUGUACAGUUGAACUAUAUUAAAUGGUUUUUUAUAAAUACUAAAAAAAAAAA